GCCCCCGCCCCUCUUCCGUCCGAGACCCUUCCCAUCCCCUCUGUCACCUCACAGUAGUCGUUGCCGGUAGCGGGCGCGGGGGCGCGAGCAGCGUAGGGUGGCCUCUCCCCCGCCCCUCAGGCCGGGCCCGGGCUCGGUUCCCCCGUCCCCCGGUCCCGCUCCCACCUCUCCCCGCCCGGGUCGGGUACGGGAAGGUCCAAGCCGCUGCCGGGUGCCCGAGGGCCGCGGUGGCCGCCGCCACGGGCCCCGAUGGAGCCGCCGAAUCUCUAUCCGGUGAAGCUCUACGUGUACGACCUGUCCAAGGGCCUGGCCCGACGACUCAGCCCCAUCAUGCUGGGGAAACAGCUGGAAGGCAUCUGGCAUACCUCCAUAGUUGUGCACAAGGAUGAGUUCUUCUUUGGCAGUGGUGGGAUCUCCAGCUGCCCCCCGGGAGGGACGUUGCUUGGGCCUCCAGACUCUGUGGUUGAUGUGGGGAGCACUGAAGUCACUGAAGAAAUCUUCCUGGAAUACCUGUCCUCCCUGGGGGAGUCUCUGUUCCGAGGUGAGGCCUACAACCUCUUUGAACACAACUGUAACACCUUCAGCAACGAAGUGGCACAGUUCCUGACGGGACGGAAGAUUCCUUCUUACAUCACUGACCUGCCCUCUGAAGUCCUGUCUACGCCCUUCGGACAGGCGCUUCGGCCUCUCCUGGACUCCAUCCAGAUCCAGCCUCCCGGGGGGAACACCGUGGGCAGACCCAACGGCCAGAGCUAACAGGACCACAUGGGACCGCCCUGCCUCACCAGGGCUUUUCCUUUUUAAACAAAACAAACCCUACCAGAUUUCUAUUUUAUAAUUUUACAUCAGAGCUAACAAACAGGGAACGGCUUUUUAAAUAUCCCAGGGAAGGAGAUCACCAGGCUGCACAUAGGACAAUGCUGCUAAGAAACAGAACAAAAUGCCACCCCUUCCAAUAGUAUUACACUAAUUUAUUAAG